CUGUAAUAAUCACAAACAACAAAAACAAACGACCAAGAUUCACUCCCCCAAUUCACUUAUCUUACACUGCGUCACACCUGAACACUUCCUCUCUUCUCUAUAGACUCUAGACGUCACCUCCUUCAUCCUCCUCCUUCUGAUUCUCUCUUUCUUCUCCACAGCUUCAAAACCUCUGACUCCUUUUUCUUUUCUGCUUUUCCUCUCUCUCUCUGGUUUUGUUUUCUGAUUAAACGAUGAAGAAGCUUUACCGCAAAGGCACGGUUCAUCCGUCACCGCCAAUCAUUUCCGACCACCUGGCUUUCCUUCCCGCCGCGAUACUCACUCUCACGGCAGCUCUCUCGCCGGAGGACCGGGAAGUUCUGGCUUACCUCAUCUCCUGCUCUAACAAUAACUUAUCCGGUCAAAAGAGGAGUGCUAAUGUUACCCAGAAGAGCACCAACACCACCGGCGACCAUCCUCCUCUUUUCAGCUGCGAUUGCUUCAGAUGCUACAUGAGUUACUGGGUCAGGUGGGAUUCAUCUCCGAACAGGCAGCUGAUUCAUGAAAUCAUCAACGCGUUUGAAGAUGGUUUGGUGCAGAACAAGAAAACGGUGAAACCCAGUAAGAAGGAGAGACGAAAGAAAGGUGGAGCCGGAGGAAAUGGUGGAAACGGUGGCGGAGGUGGUAGUAAUGGAGGAAGUGAAGUUGGUAACUCAGCUGAUUCAACUCGUACUGAGUCAGGUUCAGGAAAGAACGAGGUGAGCACUGAGAAUGAUUCAGUGGGGGAAAAUAGCGGUGGUAGUGGUGGCUGUGGUGACGAAAAGGAAGGGGGAGAAAAGGGUUCGGUGAGAAACCUGGUGAGUUUCAUCGGAGAAAGGAUUUGGAGUGUUUGGGGCCAGUGAUUUUCCGGGAAAAUCAGGAAGAAAAUUACGGUGGGUUCUUUCUUUCUUCGAUUUUCUAGUUUUAUUAUUCUUCUCUAUUAAGGAAAAUGAAGUUUUUUUUCUUCUGUA